AUAGCGGUUAUCUGGGUUUUGCGUUACACGUAAGCUACUGUUCUCUCUAACUUUCCAUAUAAACACAAAUCGAUUGAAAGAGUUUGCCAAACUAUCUCCUCAAUUAUUUUAUUAUAUUUAAAGUAUGGCUUUAGAAGAUUUAAUCAGUCCUAUAAUCUCUAAAGAAUGCUUUUAUAAGUUUACAAAAGAAGGAGAUUUAUUUGAUGGUCCAUGUUUUAAAGCAACUAUUAGUAAAUUAUUAGGAUAUGGAAUAGUUAUUGGCUCUUCACUUGUUAAAAUUCCACAAGUAAUAAAAGUUGCAAAAUGUAAAAAUUCAUUUGGUUUGAGUAUACUUUCAAUUUUACUUGAAAUGAUCUCUUUAACAUCUGUAAGCGCUUACUCAUUUGCUAAUGGAUUCCCGUUCAGUGCUUAUGGAGAAGGAGUCUUUUUAGGUAUACAAAAUUUCCUCUUGGCUAUUAUGGCAAUAACUUGGACAUAUUCACAUAUUAAAGCUGUCCUAUUCUCUUGUGCUUAUAUAGCAUGUGUAGCUGUUCUUUUAUCUCCAACACUUCCAUUAUCAAUAUUGAUACUAUUUCAAACAGUUAAUCUUCCAAUUAUGUUAUCAUCUAAGAUUGCUCAAAUAUGGACAAAUUAUUGUAAUGGGAGUACAGGUCAAUUAUCAGCUAUUACACUGUUCCUAUUUGCUUUAGGUUCAACUGCACGUAUAUUUACAUCAAUUCAAGAAACUGGUGAUAAUCUAAUGAUUAUAUCAUGUAUAUUAGCUAGUCUAUGCAAUUACAUAUUAAUGGGUCAAUUAGUCUAUUAUUGGAAUGUAUCAUCUGUUUCUAAAAUUGACCAACAACAACAACAACAACAACAACAACAACAAUAUUCAACACGAAAAGUUAAAGUGAAUUAGUUCUAUGUUCUUUUUAUUGUUACUAUGUUAUCGUUAUUCUUUUGUAUAUGGAUUUGAAAUACGAACACAUUAUUCCAUGUAUUGUUUCAACGUGUUAUUUAUUUAUUUAUUUAUAUUGGUUCCCAUAACUUGUUAAAUUGGUUGCUAAUUCAUUUAUUCAUUUUAGUUACUAUGUGAAUUCAUGAUCAAUAUACAUGUGGGUUUUUAUAAUUAGUUUUAAUAAUAAACAUAAUCUUAUUAAUUUUUCUAAGGAUUUGUAUUUGUCGGUUAGUAUUCAGGACUGUAGUUGAUCGGUGAUUUUUUUCUAACUUGAUAGCUUUGUGUAUUUAGAAAAUAGGUACUAGGUAAGGAUGGCAAAUC